AUGCCAAACGUUCCAAACGUCGCUACCCCACCUAUCCCAACCAACCUGAGCUCGGCUGACGGCACCCUCGCAGCAAAGUACGAUGUCAUCAAGCAACUCGGAGACGGGAGUUUCGGGACGGUGGUACUGGCGAGCGUGAAGGGAGUCAGGGAGAAGAAAAUGGUGGCAAUUAAAUCCAUGAAGAAAACCUAUACCAACUUCACCGAAUGCCUCGCCCUCCGCGAAGUCCAAGCCCUCCGUACAAUUCCUCGCCACCCCCACAUCGUCCAUAUCCUCGAUAUCUUCCUCGACCAGUCUACCCACAAACUCCACAUCGUCAUGGAAGGCAUGGACGGAAAUCUCUACCAACUCAUGAAAUCCCGCGAAGGCCGUCCCUUCAAAGAAUCCGUCGUCAAAGGGAUCUUGGCACAAUGUAUUAGUGCAUUGUGGCAUAUUCAUCUACAAGGACUCUUUCAUCGUGACGUGAAGCCGGAGAAUAUCUUGGUUACGGAGGUGCCGGUUACGCCGUUGAGGACGCCGCUUGGGAGUAGUUCGAGUCAUGUGAGCUCUAUGGCGGGACAUGGGAGGUUCGAUGGGGUGAUGCAGGCGGCGGCUAGUUGUCAGUAUACGAUCAAAGUCGCUGAUUUUGGUCUCGCGCGUGAGAUUAAGGCUACCCCGCCCUACACCACAUACGUCUCAACCCGCUGGUACCGCGCUCCCGAGGUUCUACUCCGUGCUCCGACCUAUUCUGCUCCCGUCGAUAUCUGGGCUUUCGGCGCGAUGGCCGUGGAGCUGGCUAUGCUCCGCCCCCUCUUCCCCGGCGCAAACGAAGUAGACCAGGUCUGGCGCGUAUGCGAAGUCGUCGGCACCCCAGGCACCUGGCUCGACCGCGCCCAACACCCGGUCGGUGGCGGAACCUGGAAAGAUGGUGCCGCACUCGCCGCUAAGCUCGGAUUCUCAUUUCCGAAGAUUGCGCCGAUGGAGAUGAGGAGUGUGGUCCCGGCACCCUGGGAUGAGGCGUUGGCGGAGAUGGUGAGGAUGUGUUUGAUGUGGGAGCCAUACGAGAGGUGGACGAGUCAGGAGAUUUUGGAGUGUGGGUUCUUUGGGGGGGCAGGGGGGAGGAUGAGUGUCGAGGAACGGAAGAAGUUCGGGGUUCCGGUUACGCCGCCGCUUGUUCAGCCUGGCUCAUCUGCGGGCGCUGGCGCCGGUGCUGGAGAGAAGAUUCAGGAUGUGUUUGUGAAUGGGAUGACGAAGACGAGGACGAAGGCAAGUCCUGUCGUCGCCAUCCAGACGAAGAGUAAAGUCCAGGGUGAGCUCAGUGCGUCUCCGCGCUCGCCACCGCCUAGGUGGGGUCUUUUCUCGCGGUCGAAGGGGAAUAAGGGGGGUGAGACGCCUGGUCGUGGUACCCCGGCGCCUGCUUCCUCGGCGAGUACGAACACCGCGGGCAGAAAGGAGUCGAAGUCAUCCGCGACAGCUGCUGCUGCUGCCGCCGCCGCCGCGGCGAUGCAGAAGAGUGCGAGUACGCAGGGACCUAAUGUUCUCGCUGCUGAGAGGGACGGAAGGAGGACGAGUUGGCAUGGGCAGAAGAUGGCGGCGCCUUCGAAGCAGGGUCAUACGCAGACGUUGAGUCAGGCGUUGAACAACUCUAGGGUUCGGAACGAUGGGAAUGCUGCUAGUGGAUCCCCGGUCGGUCAUGGAAGGACGCAUCAGAUGCAGCUGGAGCAGAAGCGUCUCGAAGCGGAGCAACAUCAGCGAUAUUUGCAUUCACAGCAGCUUUAUCUCCAGCAGCAACAUCAGAAGCAGGUGUCGUAUGCUUCGUAUCGUACGCAGGGUUCGUCGUCCUCCAAGACGCUCUCUUCCGAACCAACGAUGACGCCGCCCCCUGUUCAGGGUUCUCAUUAUGCUCGUCAGGCGAUGAGGGAGAAAGAGAGGGAGUAUCAGGGAAAUGGACGAAUUGAGCAACCGAGCCCGCUUUCUGUUCGUCGUUCAAGUGAUUUGCAGUAUCUCUUGAACAAGGACAAUGGGCGUGCUGCUAAUCAUGAGAUGCGUUCGCCUAUGAUUGCUGCGGGACGCAAGGUCUCUCGCGCACUCUCUCCUGCUGCGAACGACUAUUCUGAUCUUGAGUCUGUUGGUUCGCCGACUGCUUCUUCUGGUGGUAGUGCCGCUGGUUUUUUAUCCCAUCUCCGCAAGAAGGCGAGGAAGAUCGGGAGUAGGACCACGAGUGGGAGUCAGUCUCCCGGUUAUGCCUCGGGCAAUGUGGAUUACAGGCAUAGGAGUGUUGUGAUUGGAGACUCGCAGAAGAGUCAGGGUUGUGCGCCGUGGGUUUGGGGAAGUGGGAACGCAAACCAGCCGCCUGGUGAUGUGGGUGCUGGAAGUCCGGCUCCGGGCAACAGGGCGAGCUUGUAUGAUGCUGUCCAACAACAGGGCGGGAAUGGGCUUGACCGCGCGAUCAUGAACGUGAAGCAAGCGUUGGCGUUGGAGAUGACGCCGGGUAGUGCCCCUAGGGCUCAGACCUACUCGGAAGGCGGGCACACGCCUGGUCACAAAAAACCUCAGCGUCCUUCUCCUCUCGAUCGUCAGCAGACAUACCCCGCCCCAGCUCACGGUCAACCCGCAUUUGGCAAAGUCACUGGUUUCGUGGGGCGUAAGCUGGGUCCUCCCCACCUCGGUCUUGGUAUCACAGGUAUCCCUACGUCCGAGGAUGAUGAGUUCACGCAGGAGCUGCUCGCUGCUGCCGAUGCUCUUCGUAACGAUGACCCGCCGUCUUCGCACAAGCACCGUGCUUCGGAUGCGAGCGCUACUAUUUGGCCUACUCCGCCGUCGGCCUACACGAACGGUCAUCAGUCUCACGAUUGGGCUCAGCAGGGUGAUCAGACGAGGGGUGGACGCGGGUUGCCGAGUCCUUAA